AUGAUUUUGAAUCACAACAUUUAAAGAGAUGUUUAUAAUUAGAAGAUGUGUGGUUCAAACUGAGCCAUACUUUUUGAAACGAUCAUUCUUCCGUUACUGCUCUUCUGUUACUUGUAGUAAUAGUAUUCAAGAGGAAGAGCUUAUAAAGUUUGAUAAUAAACAAAAAUUACAAGGAAAUAAAAAAUUGUUAAAAGUUGCUAUGCUAGGCUUACCAAAUGCUGGCAAGAGUACAUUAGUAAAUAAACUUAUACAUAGAUCAGUAUGCCCUACAUCUUCAAAAGUUCAUACUACAAUGCACAAAGCAGAAGCAGUGUAUACAGAAGGUAAUACACAAAUUGUAUUUAUGGAUACUCCUGGAUUAAUAACAACUAAAGAAUUUGACCGCUACAAAUUAAUAGAAACAUUUAAACAAGAUCCAGCAAAUUCAGUUAAUGAGGCAGAUCUUAUUGCAAUAGUACAAGAUGUAACAAAUGUAUAUACUAGGCAUAAAUUUGAUGACUUUGUUCUUGAUACUGUAAAAAAUAGAAAAGAAGAUACACAACUAUUACUGAUUUUAAAUAAAGUUGACAAAUUGAAGAAAAAACUAGCACUGUUAAAUGUUACAAGAAUAUUAACAAAUAAGGAACAUUAUCCAAAGUUUGAUGAUAUUUUCAUGGUAUCUGCACUUGAUGGGGAUGGUGUGGAUGAUUUAAGGAAUUAUUUGCUUGAUUCAGCUAAAAUAAAAGAUUGGAAAUAUGAAACAAAGUUUUAUACUGAUCAACCCUUGGAAACUAUAAUAGAACAAACAGUUAGAGCUAAAUUGAUGGACGUGCUUCCAGAUGAAAUGCCAUAUAAGGUAAAGAUAAGAACAGAGCAUUGUGAUUUUGGUGAUGAUGGAAGCAUUGUUUCUGUUGUGGUGUUAGAUUGUCCUAGGAAAAACUAUGUAAAAAUGUUACUAAAAAAAAAAUGCUUUAAAAUUAAGUUUUUAGCAUUCAGGGUAGAAGUGGAAUUGCGUCAUGCAUUUAGAAAACCUGUAUUUAUAAAACUUAAUGCUAUUUGUACAAAGAGUGAACUUAAUAAAUAG